GUUGAAAAUCAUCCAAGAGGUCGUCUCCCCAGCGGUGAUGUUUGUGGCGUAGGCUCAGGGUGUGUCUCACCUCCCAUGGCUGUUACCACCAUGGACCCAGAGUCAGCCCGCACAUCACAGCCCCAGGGCUCCCUUGGUAAAAGUGGGGGCUCCCUGCUAUCUGGCAGGGGUUUGGUGGCAGCGCUCACCCCUCGAGGGAAGCACUAUGCAUGUGGUUCCAUAGCUGCCUUCACCAACAUCAUGGUGACAUUCCCCAUCCAGAAAGUUCUGUUCAGGCAGCAGCUGCACGGUGUGCGGGCCAGAGAGGCCGUCGGACAGCUCCAACGGGACGGGAUGAGGAACCUCUACAGGGGGCUGCUCCCUCCUCUUCUCCAGAAGACCACCACGGUAGCCAUCAUGUUCGGCCUGUACGAGGACUUCUCCCAUGUCUUACUUGACCAGGUGUCCACAGGCAGCGGCAUUCCCGAGCUGGUGACGCGGAGCUUCGCAGCUGCGCUGGCAGGCACGGCAGAGGCUGCCCUGAUGCCGUUUGAGCGGGUGCAGACUCUCCUCCAGGACCACCGGCACCACGGCCGCUUCCACAACACGGCCCACACCUUCCGGACGCUCCUAAGCGAGUACGGUGUGAAGGAGUGCUACCGCGGCCUGGUGCCAGUCUUAAUAAGAAACGGUCCCAGUAACAUGCUGUUCUUCGGGCUCCGCGGGCCCAUCAAGGAGCAGCUCCCUGAGGCCUCCAGCCGGGCCGGCCACCUGGUCAAUGACUUUGUGUGUGGAGGGGUGCUGGGGGCGGCGCUGGGGAUCAUGUUCUACCCGCUGAACGUGGUGAAGUCCCGUGCCCAGUCCCAAGUUGGGGGUGCGUUCCGGCCUUGUGGGGAGGUGUUAAUGAUGGUUUGGCGGGAGAGAGGCGGCAGCGUGGCCAUGCUGUUCAGAGGGGCCCACCUCAACUACCACCGCUCCCUUCUCUCCUGGGGCAUCAUCAACGCCACAUACGAGCUGCUGCUCAAAGUGUUCUGAUAUGGAACGGGGGAUAGAAAGAGGGGGAGGUGUAGAAAGAGGGCGUGAGAGAAAAAAUGAAAGACUUGGGUAAGUGUUGUUUGAGUGUGAGGAUGAUCGCAAUUUCUUUUGUUUUAUUGGAUCCCCAUUAGCUGUUGCACAAGCAGCAGCUAUUCUUCCUGGGGUCCAUACAAAAYAUCAAUAGACAAGAAC